AUGGCCAGCACGCUGUCCAACUUUGGCAAAUCCCUCCUGCGCCGCCGGGCGUUGGACUUCUCCGGCGAGGAGACCCGCUUCGCCCGGUGCCUGUCCACUCUGGACCUCAUCGCCCUGGGGGUGGGCUCCACGCUGGGCGCCGGCGUCUACGUCCUGGCAGGCGAGGUGGCCCGGGAGAAGGCGGGGCCCGCCAUCGUCCUCUGCUUCCUCAUCGCCGCGCUGUCCUCCAUGCUGGCCGGCCUGUGCUACGCCGAGUUUGGCGCCCGCGUCCCCAAGACGGGCUCGGCGUACCUCUACAGCUACGUGACGGUGGGAGAAAUCUGGGCCUUCAUCACAGGGUGGAACCUCAUCCUCUCCUACGUGAUAGGUACGGCCAGCGUGGCGCGAGCCUGGAGCUCCACGUUCGACAGCCUGGUGGAGCAAAAGAUCUCCAGCUUCUUCAAAGCCUCCAUGUCGAUGGAGGUGCCGGGCGGCGUCCUGGCCAAGUACCCCGACCUGUUCGCCCUCAUCCUGGUCCUGCUGCUCACCGGACUUCUGGCCUUCGGCGUGAGCGAGUCGGCGCUCGUGAAUAAAAUCUUCACGGGCAUCAACCUGGUGGUUCUGGGGUUCGUGAUCAUCUCGGGCUUUGUUAAAGGGGACACGGCCAACUGGAACCUCACCAGGGACGACUACUUCAGAUCUGUGAACCAGACAAACGGCAGCGAUGUGGACAAAGAGUUUGGCGUCGGCGGUUUUGCUCCGUUCGGCCUCAAUGGCGUCUUGUCUGGUGCGGCCACCUGUUUCUACGCCUUCGUGGGCUUCGACUGCAUCGCGACGACAAGCGAAGAGGCCAAGAACCCCAUGCGGUCCAUCCCCAUCGGCAUCGUGGCCUCGCUCCUCAUCUGCUUUUUCGCCUACUUCGGCGUGUCUGCCGCCCUGACCCUCAUGAUGCCGUACUACCAGCUCGACGUUCAGAGUCCCCUGCCCGAGGCCUUCAGCCACGUCGGCUGGGCGCCUGCCAGAUACAUCGUGGCCGUGGGUUCGCUGUGCGCCCUGUCCACCAGCCUUCUCGGCUCCAUGUUCCCGAUGCCCCGAGUGAUUUACGCCAUGGCCGAAGACGGGCUGCUGUUCCGCACCCUGUCCAAGAUGCACUCUCGAACAAAGACCCCCCUGCUGGCGACCAUUGCUUCAGGCGUCGUUGCGGCUCUGAUGGCCUUCCUGUUCGACCUGGCUGCUCUGGUGGACCUCAUGUCCAUUGGAACUCUGCUGGCGUACUCUUUAGUGGCUGUGUGCGUCCUCAUCCUCAGGUACCAGCCGGGAGCCCUGAACUCCUCCAGCCAGACGGAGAAGCUGGUGGAGCUGGUGGAAGGGGAAAAGGUUGCCGUGAGCGGCGGCGACAGCGGAGACGAGUACGGCAUGGAGACGGAGGACCGGCCGCUCCGAGAGAGCUUCAGCGCCAAGCUGCUCUUCUGCCCCAGCGGGAAGAACCCCACGCAGACGUCCGGGACCAUCGUCUACGCAACCACGGCCAUCAUCUCCAUCCUUAUGACCAUACUGUGCAUCUUGUUGGCCAACUGUCUGACGGAGCUCCUCGCCGGACACAUGCUGGUGGUUGUGCCCUGCGUCAUCUUGACGGCGCUGUGCGUCGUCUGCGUGGUCAUCAUCUGGAGGCAGCCGGAGAGCAAGGAGGCGCUCACGUUCAAGGUCCCGCUGCUCCCCUGGCUGCCUCUCUUCAGCAUCUUUGUCAACAUUUACCUCAUGAUGCAGCUGGACUUGGGAACAUGGUGCCGAUUCACCGUCUGGAUGGUCAUCGGCUUUGCCAUCUACUUCUGCUACGGGAUUCGGAACAGCAGCGAGGCUAGAAACAGGUCGCCCAUGGGCAAAUACCAGCCCCCGCCGCAGAACAAUAGCCCCAUUUACAAGGGCGCGCCCGACGACAGCGACCUGGAGACGGGCGGCAGCCCCUGAUGGAGGCCGGCGUGAAGCCCGGGCCGCGUUUCACAGCGUCGACACACAUUUUUGGGCCUCCACCUCCAGAGUGGCAGGCGACUGCUGCGGUGUCGGCGGCCAGAGACGCCGUCCCGGGCUGCCGAGGAGAGGAGAGGCAAGAAGACGCCGCACAAACAUCUUACCUCUGAGCGGAAGGCUGAAUAACUUGAUAUUUAGACACUGUGACCGAGCCGCUGUCCGGCCCGCGUGUCUGGUUUUCGAUCUGUUCCUACCUAGCCUUAGCCCUUCAGAGACUUGCACCUGCCUGUAACACUCGCUUUACAUGGACCGAACUAACACCGAGUGACGAUGCACUCGCAACAGUCCUGUUUCCGUUCUGUUUGUUUAUUAUUUUUUUUUACAAACCGUUAAAUGGAAGAAUGUUACAAUUCAGAUGUUCUCAUUCUUUUUUUAUCUUUUUUUAUUUACUUCCUCUCCACUUGACAUGAAUUACAGCGACAGUGUAAAUCAGAAGUUAUGAACUGAGUGGGUUUACAGAUAAGGAGCUUGUAUGACUCUACAGCUGUAACAGUUUGCCGGUGUGUCAACAGGGUCGUGCUGAGAUUGUGUAGUUGGGUUGCAGAUGUCGUCUACACUGUGAGGCUCCAGAACUGCAGCUGAAGGUCGCGCUGUUCCGUUAGGAGAAGCAAUUUUUUAUUUUUUUUUUUAGAUAGAUUAUCAUCCUGCUGACUCCCCCCACACACACACACACACACACACACCUGCCAGAUAACAGCAGUACACCGUGUGGAGUUUCCACAUCAACAAAUUCCCGACAUGAAAUGAGAGGAAUCGCCGGAGUGGACCGUCUUUUAUUUGUUUUUCCGUGGGGCGGUCUUCCUGGUGGAUCCACAGAGAGAUUCAAACCAGCUCUCCUGGUUCCAAACUGGCUUUACUAAACCUCGAGGCCAUCAUGACAGAAAGUAAUUCAGCAUUCUGGGUUAUUUGUCUCGCUGAAACUUUGACAUUUUUAAUCCAUUUUGAUGAAAUCUGUACCAGGGAGCUGACGACGGUUAAAAAAGGUCGUUAAAAGCCUGAAUUUAAAUGAAAACUAAUUGCACAUCCUGUUCUGUCAGGUCUGCUGGUUAUGUGUCAGCUGGGGAGCUGCUUCUUAAAACAAAAACCACUAACAUGUUUUCUCUUUUUACAUCCUUGUGAAAAAGCGGAUUUUCUUUUUCACAAAAGUUCUUGUUUAGUUUCAAUUGAAACUUGUUCUUGGCAGCUCUGUCUGUUGAGUAACCUUCACUUUUCUUUUGAAUUUACCUUUUUUUUCCAGGUAGAAUUGUUAAUAUUUAUAUGUUGUUAGUGUUGUUCUGUUUGGGUUAGCUUUUCUUUUGCCUUUCAUAUCACUUCAAUCAAUCAGUGCGCUUUUUAGAUGUAUUUUAAUUGUCACAUGUACAGUUUUUAGAGUGCUGAUCGUUUCUUUCUGCUGCUCUUUUUCUUUUUUCUUCUUUGUUUGUGGAGGAAGACUUUAAUUAUCACACGAGCUGACCGCGAUCACUCGUGAUCCACCCUGACCAAAUGAUUCUCAUCCUGUCGGAAAGUUUCUCUUUCCAAAGCAAAGAACGACCGCUGAAAGUUGGUCCCUAAAUUGUAUCAUUGAAAAACUAUUUUUAUCUCAGUCCUGUGAAGUCAGUAUAACUUAUUGUUCAUAGUUUGUUUUUUUGUUUUUUUUCUGCUGUCCUGCUAAAGUUAUUUACUGUAGAGUGUACAGUAUUUGUUUAAGAUUGUAUCUGUAUUUGUAUAAUGCUGUAAGUUAUACAAAUAUGAUUCAGUAUAAUUUGAUUUUUUUUUUUUUUUUUGUGAAUUAGUCAUGGAACACUUUCUGUAUCAAAUCUGCAGAAUUCGAUAUUUAAAAGAACAAACUCUCACUCCUUCUCUGAGAUAAAACGGUUUUGGUAGAGGCAAAACUGAGGAAGGCACUAGCUUGUUUUAGGUGAAUCACAAGUCCACAUAUCUCCCAGAAUGUGUUUCGGAGCAGCAGAGGAUGGUAGAUCUGGAUUUCUACAGUCAGCUGUGGUGUUUGAUAACCAUCCGUCUGCCUCGGAAAAGGCGCCAGGGGCUGCUACAGAGGCCAGCUGCCUCCAAUACUGUCUGCCAGGGUUUGAGCUGCUAUUAUGGAUCAAAAUAUAACGCUUUACAUGUAAAAUGUGCUCAUUGGGAGGUUUAUGUACCCUCAGCCCUCGUGCCUUUCAAGUAUCAAUCUGAUCAUCUCCCUUUUCCACACCGUCUCCACAGCAGCUACAACCUUUAUCUUUGUUUUGUACCCUGUACAUAUGGCUGUCAUGUAUAAAAUGAACUGUAUUUUCAAUGUUUUUUUUAAUAAAAAUGAUUCAUCCUUA